AUGAUAGGGAGGUGUAGAACUCCAUUGUGUUGGUAUGAGUCAGGCGAGAGAGUUAUUCUCGGACCUGAGAUCAUACAGGAGAUGACUGAAAAGAUUAAGAUGAUUCAAGAGAGGAUGAAAGCUUCUCAGAGUUGUCAGAAGAGUUAUCAUGACAAGAGGAGGAAGGCAAUCAAAUUCCAAAAGGAUGACCAUGUGUUUUUAAGAGUUACUCCGAUGACUGGCGUUGGUAGAGCUUUGAAGUCGAGGAAGCUUACGCUGCGCUUUGUUGGUCCAUGUCAGAUUUCAGAGAAGAUAGGUGAGCUAUCGAAUUAUUUUACCGUUGUCGUUUGUGAAUCUUCAUGA